AGUUAGUUGUGCUGACGUGCAGCGCGGCCCAGGCGAGGUGCGAGUGGCGCAGUCGGAGCCCGCUGCGGCCCCUGAGGAAGCGAGGAGGCAUUAGUGUCGGUUGAGGCGGCGGCUCCAGGCCCCGAAAGAUUCGCGAGCUUGGGUAGCGGCAGCGGCAGCACCUCUUUUUCUCGGAGGCGGCGGGCGGCGAAGGCGGUGAAGGCGGCGGCGGCGGCGGCGGGAGCGGUGGUGCCCCCCCGGGCACGGGGCCAUGUACAACGGGAUCGGGCUGCCGACGCCCCGGGGCAGCGGCACCAACGGCUACGUCCAGCGCAACCUGUCCCUGGUGCGGGGCCGCCGGGGUGAGCGGCCUGACUACAAGGGAGAGGAGGAACUGCGGCGCCUGGAGGCUGCCCUGGUGAAGCGGCCUAAUCCUGACAUCCUGGACCACGAGCGCAAGCGGCGCGUGGAGCUGCGAUGCCUCGAGCUGGAGGAGAUGAUGGAAGAGCAGGGGUACGAGGAACAGCAAAUUCAGGAAAAAGUGGCGACCUUUCGACUCAUGUUGCUGGAGAAAGAUGUGAACCCUGGGGGCAAGGAGGAGACCCCAGGGCAGAGGCCAGUGGUAACUGAGACUCACCAGUUGGCAGAAUUGAAUGAGAAAAAGAAUGAGCGACUUCGUGCUGCCUUUGGCAUCAGUGAUUCCUAUGUGGAUGGCAGCUCUUUUGAUCCUCAGCGUCGUGCUCGAGAAGCCAAACAACCAGUUCCUGAGCCUCCCAAACCUUACAGCCUUGUCCGGGAGUCCAGCAGUUCUCGCUCACCAACUCCAAAGCAAAAGAAAAAGAAAAAGAAGAAAGACAGAGGACGUAGGUCAGAGAGCAGCUCUCCGCGACGAGAGAGGAAGAAGAGUUCGAAGAAGAAGAAACACAGAUCAGAAUCCGAAUCCAAGAAGCGGAAGCAUAGAUCUCCUACUCCAAAGAGCAAACGUAAAUCUAAGGACAAGAAGCGAAAGCGAUCCCGAAGUACAACACCAGCCCCCAAGAGCCGCCGGGCCCACCGUUCAAGUUCUGCGGACUCGGCUUCCUCUUCUGAUACUUCCUGCAGUCGGUCUCGAAGUGCUGCAGCAAAAACACAUACAACUGCCUUGACUGGGCAAAGUCCUUCCCCUGCCUCAGGGCGUAGAGGAGCUGGAGAUGCACCUUCCAGGGAACCAAGUACCACCAACAGAGGGCAUCCUAGCAGCCCAGAGCCCUCUACAAAGCAGCCUAGUAGCCCUUACGAAGACAAAGACAAGAAGGAGAAAUCUGCAAUUCGACCUAGCCCCUCUCCGGAAAAGAGCACAGGCCCAGAACCACCUGCUACCACUCCGCUCCUUGCCGAGCAACAUGACAGCUCCCCAAAACCCCUUGCAACAACUCCCUUAAGUCAGGAGCCAUUGAAUCCCCCAUCUGAGGCUUCCCCAACCCAGGGCCGUUUACCACCUAAGUCUCCUGAGAAACCUCCCCAAUCAUCAUCUUCGGAGAGCUGCCCACCAUCCCCUCAACCUACCAAAGUUUCUCGGCAUGCCAGCUCCUCUCCUGAAAGUCCUAAACCCACACCAGCUCCUGGGUCCCGCCGAGAGAUUUCCUCUUCUCCUGCAUCUAAGAAUCGCUCACAUGGCCGAGUAAAGCAGGAUAAGUCACAUUCUCCUACUCCUCGUAGGGUGGGGAGGUCCCGUAGCCCUACCACCAAGAGGGGGCGAUCACGGUCUCGAACCCCUACUAAGAGAGGUCAUUCUAGGUCCCGGUCCCCUCAGUGGCGUAGAUCCCGGUCUGCACAGCGAUGGGGACGAUCUAGAAGCCCCCAGCGACGUGUCCGCUCUAGGUCUCCUCAGCGACCAGGCUGGUCCAGGAGCAGAAAUACCCAGAGAAGAGGCAGGUCUAGAUCAGCAAGGCGAGGCAGGUCGCACUCUAGAUCCCCAGCCACUAGGGGCAGAUCUCGUUCUAGAACACCAGCCCGGCGGGGCAGGUCUCGGUCUAGAACGCCCGUCAGGCGGAGAUCACGAUCCAGAACAUCCACUAGGCGUAGGUCUCGGUCUAGAACACCAGCCCGGCGGGGCAGGUCUCGGUCUAGAACACCUGCUAGACGCAGAUCCAGAACCCGUUCGCCAGCACGACGGAGGUCUCGUAGUAGAUCGGCAGCCAGGCGAAGUGGCCGGUCGCGCUCUAGAACACCAGGCAGACGUGGCCGGUCGCGCUCUAGAACACCAGGCAGACGUGGCCGGUCGCGCUCUAGAACGCCAGGUAGACGAAGUGGUCGGUCGCGUUCUAGGACACCAGCCAGGAGAGGUAGAUCUCGGUCUAGGACACCAGCAAGACGAGGAAGGUCCCAUAGUAGAAGUUUAGCUAGACGGGGAAGAUCUCACUCUAGAACACCACAAAGAAGAGGCAGGUCUGGCUCAUCAUCAGAGCGGAAGAACAAAUCCAGAACAUCACAGAGAAGGAGCAGGUCCAACUCAAGCCCUGAAAUGAAAAAAUCUCGUGUUUCAAGGCGGAGCAGGUCUCUCUCUUCACCGCAGUCCAAAGCAAAAUCUCGCUUGUCUUUGAGGCGAAGUCUUUCUGGGUCCUCUCCAUGCCCUAAACAAAAGUCUCAGACACCACUAAGGCACAGUCGCUCUGGAUCAUCUCAACCUAAAGCUAAAUCUAGAACACCACCAAGGCGAAGUCGUUCCGGUUCUGCUUCUCAACCUGAAGUGAAAUCUGGAACACCACCAAGGCAAGGGUCUGUAACAAGUCCUCAGGCAAAUGAACAGUCUGCAGCAGCACAAAAAGGAAGCUGUUCUGAAAUGUCACCUGACCCUGAAGUGAAGUCUAAGACCCCUUUGACACAUAGCUGCUCUGGGUCCUCUCCUCCUAGAGUAAAAUCUAGCACAUCUCCAAGACGGAGCCGAUCCAGGUCGUCAUCUCCACAACCCAAAGUGAAGGCAAUAACAUCACCAACCCAGAGCCAUUCUGGCUCUUCUUCUCCAAGUCCUACUAGGGUAACGUGUAAAAUCCCACCAAGACAAAGCAGAUCAGUGUCUCCUUGCUCCAAUGUGGAAUCUAGAUUGUUGCAAAGACACAGCCAUUCUAGGUCCUCCUCACCAGAUACCAAAGUGAAACCUGGAACACCACCAAGACAAAGUUACUCAGGUUCUACUUCGCCGUGCCCCAAAGUACAGUCCCAAACUCCAUCUGGAUUAAAGUCACCUUGUUCUCAAGAGAAGCCUAAAGACUCACCAGCACAAAGUGGCUCUGGAUUUUUCUCCCUCUGUCCAAGAGUAAACUCUAGCACACCACCAGGAGAGAGCUAUUUUGGCAUCUCAUCUCUGCAACAGGAAGGACAAUCUCAAACUUCACCAGACCCUAGAUGUGAUACUUCAAGCCCAGAAAUAAGACAGAGUCCUUAUGAAUCUACAUCUCAGCAGAGCAAAUCUCAAACAUCUCCUAAGGGUGGCCGGUCCAGGUCCGCAUCUCCAAUCACUGAGCUGGCACCUAGAUCUCCAACAACACAAGAUAGAAGCAAAUUGUCAGUAAGCCCUAGGCUGAAAUCUGGACUGUCUCCUGAGCAGAACAGAUCCCAGUCUGACUCUUCCCCAUACCCUGCAAUGGACUGUAAAUCUCUUCUGGGGCAGAGUAGAUUGGCGUCUUCUCCUGAAUCAAAAGAGAAAACAGACUUACUCCUUCAGGAGGAUAUCACUACAUCGUCUAGACUAAGAGACAAAUUGAGUCCUCCUCCAAGGCAGGAUAGACCUGAGUCCUCACCAGUACUCAAAGACACAUCUGGAACCCCAACAAAGGAAAGAUGUGAUGUUGGGUCAUCUCCAGAUUCAAAAGACCAAAGUAGUGCAUUAGCUAAGCCAAGCCAAGACGAAUUAAUGGAGGUGGUGGAGAAAUCGGAAGAAUCCUCAAACCAGGUCCUAUCCCAUGUGUCUCCAGAACUUAAAGAAAUGGCUGGAAGUAACUUUGAACCAUCUCCUGAAAUAGAAGAGAAGCCUGCUGUUUCUUUGACUCUUGACCAAAGCCAAUCACAGGCUUCUUUGGAAGCAGAAGUCCCUGCAGUGGCCUCAACUUGGAGCGGGCCACAUUUUUCUCCAGAACAUAAAGAACUGUCAAACUCCCCUCCCAGGGAGAAAAGCUAUGGAUCACCUUUAGAAUUUAGAAACUCAGGCCCUCUUGUAGAAGUGAAUACUGGAUUUUCUCCUGAGGUUAAAGAUUUGAAUGUACCUUUUCCUAGUCAGGUAGAGGCAGAUCCAUCUCUAGACAUGAAAGAACAAUCAACCAGGUCCUCCAGACACAGCAGUUCUGAGUUAUCCCCAGAUGCAGUGGAAAAAACAGGAAUGUCUUCAAAUCAGAGUGUCUCGUCACCAGUACAUGAUGCUAUACCCAGAACACCCUCAAGGGAAAGUAGUUCUGCAUCUUCUCCUGAACUGAAAGAUGGUUUACCCAGAACUCCCUCAAGGAGAAGCAGGUCUGGGUCUUCCCCAGGACUUAGAGAUGGGUCUGGGACGCCCUCAAGGCACAGCUUACCUGGGUCAUCUCCUGGAAUGAAAGAUAUACCCAGAACACCAUCCAGGGGGAGAAGCGAAUGUGAUUCUUCUCCAGAACCAAAAGCUUUGCCUCAAACUCCAAGGCCAAGGAGUCGUUCUCCAUCAUCCCCAGAGCUCAACAAGUGUCUUACUCCCCAAAGAGAAAGAAGUGGCUCAGAAUCAUCAGUUGAACAGAAGACUGUGGCUAGGACUCCUCUUGGGCAGAGAAGUCGAUCUGGAUCUUCUCAAGAACUUGAUGGGAAACCCAGUGCAUCCCCUCAGGAAGGAAGUGAAUCAGACUCUUCUCCAGAUUCUAAAGUUAAGACACGAAUGUCACUUAGACAGAGGAGUCAUUCUGGAUCAUCCCCAGAGGUCGACAGCAAAUCCCGACCUUCUCCUCAACGUAGUAGGUCUGGCUCAUCUCCCGAAGUCAAAGAUAAGCCAAGAGCAGCACCCAGGGCACAGAGUGGUUCUGAUUCUUCUCCUGAACCCAAGGCUCCUGCCCCUCGGGUCCUUCCCAGACGAAGCAGAUCAGGUUCAUCAAGCAAAGGUAGAGGCCCUUCACCUGAAGGAAGCAGCAGUUCUGAGUCUUCUCCAGAACACCCACCCAAAUCCAGAAUGGCUAGAAGAGGCUCUAGGUCAUCACCAGAGCCCAAGACCAAGUCUCGCACUCCACCUCGUCGUCGCAGCUCUCGAUCAUCUCCUGAGCUGACUAGGAAGGCCAGACUCUCCCGUAGGAGUCGCUCUGCAUCAUCCUCACCAGAGACCCGCUCUAGAACUCCCCCAAGACGCCGAAGAAGCCCCUCAGUGUCUUCCCCAGAGCCAGCUGAAAAGUCAAGAUCCUCACGCAGGCGGCGUUCAGCUUCAUCCCCACGCACUAAGACAACUUCGAGGAGAGGCCGGUCUCCUUCCCCAAAGCUUCGUGGACUCCAGAGGUCCCGUUCUCGCUCAAGGAGGGAGAAAACCAGAACAACCCGACGUCGAGAUAGGUCUGGAUCUUCCCAGUCGAUCUCUAGGAGAAGACAGCGGAGCCGGUCACGGUCCCGGGUUACUCGUAGGCGGAGGGGAGGCUCUGGUUACCACUCAAGGUCUCCUGCCCGGCAGGAGAGUUCCCGGACCUCCUCUCGACGUCGAAGAGGCCGCUCCCGGACACCCCCAACCAGUCGGAAGCGUUCCCGCUCACGCACAUCACCAGCCCCAUGGAAACGCUCCAGGUCCAGAACACCCCUGGUCAGCCGACGUAGGUCCAGGUCUCGAACUUCACCAGUCAGUCGGAGACGCUCAAGGUCUAGGACAUCAGUCACUCGACGAAGAUCUCGCUCAAGAGUAUCCCCAGUGAGUCGGAGACGAUCAAGGUCCAGAACGCCACCAGUAACCCGUCGUCGUUCAAGGUCCAGAACACCAGCUCGCCGCCGCUCCCGUUCUAGAACUCCACCAGUGACUCGCAGAAGGUCCAGAUCUAGGACUCCACCAGUAACAAGGCGGCGAUCUCGAAGCAGAACCUCACCUAUUACUCGCAGAAGAUCGAGAUCCAGAACUUCCCCAGUCACCCGUAGGAGAUCUCGAUCUCGCACGUCUCCAGUAACUCGGAGGAGGUCCCGCUCUAGAACCUCUCCAGUGACACGCCGCCGGUCUAGGUCCCGAACACCUCCAGUUAUUCGGCGCCGCUCUAGGUCUCGAACCCCACUGUUGCAACGCAAACGUUCUCGAAGUCGCUCACCACUUGCUAUCCGCCGCAGGUCUAGAUCCCGUACUCCACGGACCACCCGGGGCAAACGGUCCUUAACAAGAUCUCCUCCAGCCAUCCGCAGGCGCUCUGUAUCUGGAAGUAGUUCUGAUCGUUCACGCUCUGCUACUCCUCCAGCAACAAGGAAUCAUUCUGGUUCUCGGACACCUCCAGUGGCACUCAAUAGCUCCAGAAUGAGCUGCUUCAGUCGUCCUAGCAUGUCACCAACUCCUCUUGACCGCUGUAGGUCACCUGGAAUGCUUGAACCCCUCGGCAGCUCGAGAACACCCAUGUCUGUCCUGCAGCAAGCUGGUGGCUCCAUGAUGGAUGGUCCAGGUCCCCGAAUUCCUGAUCACCCUAGAACAUCUGUGCCAGAAAAUCAUGCUCAGUCUAGAAUUGCACUUGCCCUGACAGCCAUCAGUCUUGGUACCGCUCGGCCUCCUCCGUCCAUGUCUGCUGCUGGCCUUGCUGCAAGAAUGUCCCAGGUUCCAGCUCCAGUGCCUCUCAUGAGUCUCAGAACGGCCCCAGCUGCCGGCCUUGCCAGCAGGAUUCCUGCAGCCUCUGCAGCAGCCAUGAAUCUGGCCAGUGCCAGGACACCUGCCAUACCAACAGCAGUGAACCUAGCUGAUUCGAGAACACCAGCUGCAGCAGCAAUGAACUUGGCCAGCCCCAGAACAGCGGUGGCACCUUCUGCUGUGAACCUUGCUGAUCCUCGCACCCCUACAGCCCCAGCUGUGAACCUAGCAGGAGCCAGAACCCCAGCGGCUUUGGCAGCUUUGAGUCUCACAGGCUCUGGCACACCUCCAAACGCUGCAAACUAUCCCUCCAGCUCCAGAACACCCCAGGCUCCAGCCCCUGCAAACCUGGUGGGUCCUAGAUCUGCACAUGCCACAGCUCCUGUGAAUAUUGCCAGCUCAAGAACCCCUCCAGUCUUGGCUCCUGCAAGCCUCACCAGUACUAGAAUGGCUCCAGCCUUGUCUGGUGCAAACCUCACCAGCCCCAGGGUGCCCCUCUCUGCCUAUGAGCGUGUUAGUGGCAGAACCUCACCACCACUCCUUGACCGAUCCAGGUCCAGAACCCCACCAGGAGGCCCAGGCUGCAGAACCCCACCAGCUGCCCCCAGCCAGUCUAGAAUGACCUCUGAGCGGGCUCCCUCUCCUGCUGCUAGAAUGGCCCAGGCUCCCUCACAGCCUGUUCUCCCUCCAGCUCAGGAUCGGCCUAGGUCCCCUGUGCCAUCUGCUUUUUCUGACCAAUCCCGAUCUUUGCUUGCCCAGACCACCACCUCUGUAGUAGGGUCUCAGUCCCUUACCUCUGGGACGGUGGCAAAGGCCACAUCCUCUGCUGGUGACCACAAUGGCAUGCUGUCUGGCCCUCCCUCUGGGGUGUCCCACCCUGAGGGUGGGGAGCCACCUUCUUCUACGGGGGCCCAGCAGCCUUCUGCAUUGGCCACCCUGCAGUUGGCAAAGGAGCGGCGGAGUUCCUCCUCCUCCUCAUCCUCUAGUUCCUCCUCUUCAUCGUCGUCAUCGUCGUCGUCCUCCUCCUCCUCCUCUGGCUCCAGUUCUAGUGACUCAGAAGGCUCUAGCCUUCCUGUUCAACCUGAGGUAGCAGUGAAGAGGGUCCCUAGCCCAGCCCCAGCCCCAAAGGAGGCUGUUCGAGAGGGUCGUCCUCAGGAACCAACCUCAGCCAAGCGGAAGAGGCGCUCUAGCAGCUCCAGUUCCAGUUCCUCCUCAUCCUCUUCCUCUUCCUCCUCCUCUUCAUCCUCCUCUUCCUCUUCCUCCUCUUCCUCCUCCUCUUCUUCCUCCUCUUCCUCUUCUACUUCCUCCUCCCCCUCCCCUGCUAAGCCUGAUCCUCAGGCCUUGCCCAAACCUGCAAGCCCCAAGAAGCCAACCCCUGGUGAGCGGAGCCUCUUCCCUGUCUCCCUGCCUCCACGCCAUUCUCUUCCACACGUAGCCAGAGGGAUCUUUCUAAAACGCACAUCUGGUUACUUCCCUCCACUCCACAAAUCCUUCCGGGACGCCCUGUGGCCUGCAGGAUAAAGCCCCAUCUCUGCGGGAAUGGCGUGUGAGGCUCUUCACCAACUGGCCUUGCCUGCCCUGUGUUCUCCUCUCCUGCCCGCCCCCACACAUGCCCUCUGCUCCAGCCAUACCCAGCGCCUUGCAGUCUAAGGAGAACCCCAUGCCUUUGGACAUGCUGUUCCUUCUGCCUGGAAUUCCCUUGUCCGCCUGGUGAACUCCUCGUUCUGCAAGACUCCGCUCAAACAGCACCUUCAAGAAGAUCACCCUGCCCCUUCCCUUCCCUUCCCUUCCCUUCGUCUCCCUCCCCUGGGUCCCCAGACCCAUCUACUUCAGUCCCUGCGGGGCUGCUUCCCACACACGGGGCUGAGCAAUCCUCCCUUGGCCUUCAUCACCAGACUGAGCCCCUUCAAGGGCUGGGGCUGUCUUUAUCUUUGUGUCCCCCGCUGCCCCCAUGCCCAACCCACUCGGGCGGAUGGGUGAGUGAGCGGACAAAGGUGGGUCUGAGGCUGGCCCCGUGUGGUGAGGUUUGGUGGUCAAGACCUGGGGAGGGUGGUCCUGAGUGCUGGCUGGUGGAUUUGGAAAUGUGGGGCACUAUGGAGACCUACUCUGCUCCCUAGGUCCCGCAGUCCCCGGAAACCAAUAGACUCCCUCCGAGACUCACGGUCCCUCAGCUACUCGCCUGCUGAGCGCCGCCGCCCCUCGCCCCAGCCC